AUCAACUCUUGCAUGUCUUCCGUCACCGGAAUUUCACCCCAAGCCGUGGGCUACAACCGUGGACUGUUCUGCAGUUUUCAUCAGUUUCAGAGGGUCAUUUUUACCGGAACAGACAUAUUUAUGUAGUUACAAACAUCAUAUUGGUCUUGCACAAGAAAACUGGCUCAUAGCCCCCUUUAGUAUUUGAAACGUGCAUUAUUCGUACACAAAGUUGUCUGCGCCAAACACACAACGUAAACUGAGGAUGGCGAUGUGCUGUCACAGCCACAGGUGAUUUUGGUUCUGAUAAGAAGAGAGAUUAACAAGUUUUCUCUCCGUUCUUUGGCUCCAGUCAUGUCUGACAAAGCUGAAAAUUUGCAGCCACCGCCGAGGAAAUUAAAACUCGGCCAGGAGCUUCGAGCGGUUCAGAGCGAACAACUCUCCAGCCUACACUCAAAGUUUCAGCAGGAGUCAGAUUUACUAGAAGAGAUUAGAGAAUUUUCUAAACAACGAGCAUCUUUAGAGCGGACAUACGCACAGUCUCUGCAGAAGCUUGCUGCACAGUUCCAGCAGAAGCGGGUCUUUCCAACUUUGACGGAAGAGCAGAAACAUGACGAGCAGCAACACAGACUGGCCCUGCAGGUGUGGAAGGCCAUCUUGGAUGAGACGGAGAAGGUCUCCAAGGCACGACUCACGGCCUCGGAGACGCUCAGCUCCCAGAUUGCAGAGGUCAUCAAGAUGCAGAAGAACACCCGGGCACAGACACUAAAGAAGUGCGAUGACAUCUUCAACAUAUGCCAAGAAGAGAUUCAGGCAACAGUCAGAGAUCUCUCCAAAGCCAAGAAGAAUUACUGUGAGACGGAGGCGGUAGCCCAAGAAGCGAGGGAAAAGGCCCUUGAAGCCGAGAAUAAAUUGAAAAAAGGUUCACUCAAGUUCUUCCAGUCCAAGACGACCCUCGAGAAGCAGAUGGCCAAGCUGGCGGCUCGGCGCGAGACCUGCGACCGCCGGUCGGCCCACAUGCGCAAUGACUACCUGCUGGCUAUCACCUCGGCCAAUGCCCACCAACAGCGAUUCUACUGUAUAGAUCUUCCACAUGUCAUGUCUACACUUGACGGCAACUUUUAUGACAGGUUGAAGGAUUACUACUCAAUAUUUGCCACGACAGAAAUCGAGUUGGGCACAUAUGUGAGGGCGUGUUUUGACAAAGUGCAAGGCGAGGCCGAACUGGUCACGAGGGAGUACCACUCUCAGCGCUUCCUUCAGAAGUGUCCGGUGUUGACUACGCCUCUCCAGUAUCACUACUCUCCCUUAGAGACAGACCAGGUAUCGAGCAUGGUAAUAGACCAGAAAGAGUCCCUGUAUUUGGACAGAGAAGCAAGGAAAUGGGCCACCGAUGUCGCCCGUGAAGCCAAGAGCAUAGAGGACAAUGGUCAGGUAUUCCAAGAUCUGCAGAGCUCCAUUUUGCAACUCAAGGGAUCAGACACAUCCUCAGACAGUGGGUUCGGUCAGGAGAAGGACUCGGAGCAGAAAUACGAGACUCUCCGAGAGACCCUGAGGAAAUCAGAGACCACCAAAAUGAAAGCAGAGGCCAAGCUUAACAUGCUCAAGAAUGCUGGCAUCAACGUGGACCAGUGGUUGGACAGUGCCUAUGAGGCGAUCGCCAAGGAAGCCGAGAUAGAAGCCCAGAUGAAGGCACAGCAGGCAGCGGCCCAAGCACGAUCACAGAGUGAUGGCCUGAAUGCCAGCCGUGCAAUGAACAGCUUUGAUUCCUUUGAUGACACCUUUGAGGCGACGCUGAACGAGGACCCAACCCCAGCCCAGCCCUCGUCAGUCCAGGAGGCCUCCAUCAGGGCAACGGCAUUGUAUAACUAUCAAGCUCAGCGAGAUGAUGAAUUGACCAUCAGGGGACACGAAUACCUGGAAAUCAUUGAAGAAUCGGAAGGAGAUGGAUGGGUCAAGGCUAAGAACGACAGCGGACAAUCAGGCUACAUACCAGAGUCUUAUGUGCAAGUGGAGCGCCGGCACGUUGCCCGGCAACUCUCCAACUCGUCAGAGGGCAGCCCAGGCUGGUCCCACCUGAGCAAGAUGGGCCAGCCUUACAGUUCCUCGGCCUCGCUGACCGACUAUGAAGUCCAGGCAGCCAUGGCCAAUCAGGCCAUGAGCGCCUCGGGCCAGACUGUGGGUGAGUGCGAGUCCGAGCAGGCCGACGGCCCGGUUUGUUUUGCCAGAGCUCUCUAUGACUACCAGGGCUGUAGCCAGGAGGAGCUUUCCUUCUCGGAAGGCUGCGUCAUCAAAGUCCUGAAGCAGGACGACGAGGGCGACGGCUUCUGGGAAGGCGAGCUGAACGGCCGAGUCGGGGUCUUCCCUUCCCUGCUGGUGGAGGAACUGGGCUGCCCCUCAGUCAAUGAGGUCGUCACUCCCGAGACACCGACAGUGUUUGUAUUUCCUGAGGAGAUUGAAGAGUCUGAUGAGCCGCCCUCCACCCUUCCUCCGUCCUUGCCCCCGCCCCCUCUACCGGACAACCUACCGACGCUGUCCAUCUACAGCGAAGUGGACAGGAGGCGGCCUGCCUCGGCCGACAUACCUGAAUCUCCCAACGCUUGUCCUUUCUACACCAGGUCUGCCCCUCAGAGUCCGACCAUGCCUGGUUUGAAGCCUGCACGUGCAGCCCCGCCCCCUCCAGGGAAAAUCAAGAAGAAGCUGUGUGAGCACCGGGAGCAUCGGAAGCCCGAGACGAGAUACAGUGACGAGGGGCCAAUCACUAUGGUAUGAGAGCGCCUGUAAGGAGGAGCUGACCCUGGGGAGAACUGAUAUGAGAAACUAUCAGAAGGGGAGAACGGGCGCCAUGUUUGGCACCCAUGUGUUCUGUAAUUGCUUUAUUUAGGAUUUACUGUUAGAGAUAUCAGUCAGCUGGGAUGACUGAUCAUGCGCCCCCCGGAUGCAAUGGGUUAGUUCAAGCACCUAAUCAAGACUAGAGGUAUCAUCAGCGUGGGAAUGGUUGCUGUCUCCAGACCCCGGAUUGCUUAAUGUCACAACUUCUCAUCAGCAAACUGAUGGAUUGCUGAUGAGUGUUGCAUGUCUUGUCAGGAGUGAAGUGGACAGGUCACCCCUUGUUGUGCAACUUAUUGCCAGGGAAUUUUCUGAUUGCGAAGCAUUGCCUGACCUUCUGGAAAAUUGAUUGAUUUUUGGUGUCACUCGACUGAUUGUCCUCAAAGUGAUUAAUUAGUUUCAUCCAACCUAAUGCCAGUGAAUUGAUUAAUGGCUCAGUGUCACAUGACUUAUCUGUAAAUUGAUUGGCUGUGCAGUGUCACAUGACUUGGACUUGAUUUUCACUUUUGCAGUGGAAUUGGUAAUCAAGGUAAUGUAAAUGUUGCCUGUUACUUGCUGGUGUUGGCAUGAACUGAAAAUUUAAAACGACCUUUUGGGACAAAAGUCAUAUUAUGACACUGACAAUACCACAGUUGAACAAUUUAAUUUUCCAGUUUUGUUAAUUUAGCAGGGAACGAUCGAUUACUGCCUUAAUCUUUCAUUGUAAUCUUUUUGACAAAUUCCAGUUGAAAUUAACUGUUUUUGUAAGUUUUAUUUUGUGACAGCAGGAUACAUCUGUCACAUACUAGUCUAGAAAACAAAAUUUAAAAAUGCUGUUAUUAUCAUGAACAAAUCUGUUUUGAUUGAUACCAGCUACUGUUCUGAUCGCAGAAAUGCUUUGAUUACAGAAAUUUACAGAACUGAGUUCUUGGUUGGGUAACAAAGUAACCAUGUCAUGUAGGUCUUUUUGUUUCAAAUGCAUAUAAAUAUUUUUGGAAGUGAUAUAUUAAUUAGAGAAUCUAUAUUAAAUAUCUAUUGUGAUCUUUCCUCUUUUUAAUUCACUGACAAGGAAAUUUCUUCAUUUUGGAAUUUCCAAGUGGAUUUAAAUGUCUGUCAGGAAUGCAGGAAAUUGUCAGAACUGGGAAAUUUGUUUUCUCAGAGAGGUUCAACUUUCAUUUACCGUAGCAUGAAGGCAAGUGUUAUGGCAUAUGGAGGGGCGUCAAAUGGAAUAAAGCUGUUGGAUAUAAUCGUGAUGAGUGGAGGAAAAAGACCGUGAUCAGGAAACCGGUAAAGUAUUGUCAGCGUGAUAAGAUACUGUGAGCUUUACACCGGUCUGGGGAUAGGAUACAAGACUAGAUGAUGACAUAUGAUGCAAUUGUUUGCAUCAGUGGUGUUGACAUCAAUAUCAGGCUUUUGUCAUUUAUACACAAAAGUUAUAUUUCAAACACUGGCUUAACUGGUUCGGUUUAAUUUGGCAAAUUGGAUGUGUGGAUGUUACAUGCACGGAAUACUGCAGGCUUUGUGAGACUGGUGAGAAUCGGGAAAACGGCAGGUGUACUGUGGCUUGGAUUUCUAUCUGCCACUUACAAGGGCAGACGUCUCAAACACCAGACCGGCCAGCCAGCCAGCCAGGGCAGAUUGCUGAUUUGAAUCUGGUGCAGCAGCUGGUACUGUAGUCAGACACAUCAGGAGAAAAACAAAUCAAAACAAAACAAAACAACAAAAAACAAAACAAAACAAAUGUCACAAGAAAUUUUACACUUUUUAGUAGAGACUAAAACUUCUUGUUACUGUGAUUGGUUUGUGACUUCUUCGGAAUUGAAAUUUGAAUUAGAUUCCAAAGGAUUGAAAGUCAUUUUAAGGGGGGUACUGGUGAGGUUAAUAACUGGUAACUGCAAAAAGUGAGUUUUACUGAACUUUCAACUAGACUAACAGUCAGUGCUGAUGAUAUUGUUCAAAAGUGCCACCCAUGGACCAGGGUUUUUUGUACAUCCAGGAGGGCGAUCUGUACACUGAGAAUGCAAACUGAACGAACCAUUGUAAUAAUCACAGUAUGGUGUUUACACUGUUUAUAGUUGAAGUGAGAUUCUGUUAUAUUUAACACAAAACGGUUUAAUAGAGAAAAGGAUUAUACCGUUUCUCAAAAACAGCUUUAUCAAUACAUUUUGAAGCUGACCUUUUCCUCCCAUCUGCGAUAGAGGAAGAAGUGAUAUACACUAACUACCAUGUGCAAAUGUGUGAUGUUCCUAGGAACUCCUAGGAACUGAGCAUGUGUAAAACCUUACAGGUAUGACCAGGGUAAAAAUGGAUCCUCAGUCUCGUUCUUUUUCUUAUUCUGAGUUGUGCCUUUCAUUAAUGCUACACCUCACCUGUUUUUAAUUCCUUUUUACAAGCAGUUAACACGUUCAAAAAGGUAAAUUUUCAUUUAAAAAAAAAGGACAAACUAUUUUUAACUUUAAGAACUGUUUCCUGUACAGAUAUAUUUGUGUACAAGGUUUUCGAUUUCAUCUCUGCAGUGGGCCAUUGCCACUGAUUAUUUUUAAUUUUAAAGAACUGUACCAGCAGUUCUGGAACUUUCAGAAUUCAGAAUUCAUCGAGUGGAAACAAUUGGGUUUGGGGUAUCUAGAUUGGUUCUAAUAUGUUGGCCAGUUUUACUUCCUCACAACAAAAGCAAAUGGUCCUUCAAAAGGGCCAAGUAAAUUUCUGAUACGUUCCCCUAAGUUUUCUAAGGUAAAAAAGGCCUGCGGGAUUGGUUGAAGCCAGAGUAGUAGUACUGCACAGAACAAUGCACAGAAGAAAUCUCCUGGUGGAGCAUUUUUGUGCUGGUACAAAAAUGAGGCCACACUAGCAAAGUGGGCUCUCGCCAGUGCAGCCUCUCUUUAGACUGUGCAUUGGGCCAACUGGGGGAAUAGCCUGGAAUUCCAUCGGGGGAAGGGACUUGAAUAUUUCCCUUCCCUGAUGAGGGGUAACAUCGCACAGUGAAGUAAGCGUGUUGGGUUGUUAGUAGCAUGGAGGUGUAACAGAUGAAAAGUGGCAUUGUGUCACUUUUGCUGGUUUGAGUUGACGAAAUUUGUGAACAAAUAUUUUCUAUCAUUUUAGUAGAAAAUGUAUGAAGCUUGUGCUUACAUUGUAGCGAAUGUGUGACAGCAUGCAAGGUGCAGUCACUUUUGUCUGCCUUGUACGAGUGUGAAUAUUGGUGAGAAACAGUGGUAUAACGGUAUGUUUCGGCUAACUUGAUCAAACGCAGAAAUAUCAUAUCGUAAACGAAGUCCCAAACAUCACUGCCAUAAAUGAAAACAAAUCUUGGCUAUGUAAUGAUUAAUCCAAUGGUAUUGUUUAUUGCCUUAAUAGAGAACAAAAGUGGUUUUUUGAUUUCUAAAUUAAAAAUGAUUUAAUAGAGGCACAGUGGAAGACACGUACUUUUCAACUUGGAGUGAAUGGAGUGAAUGAAAUUAGCAGGGUAGUUUGUGACUCCCAAACAACUAUUAUGGCUGUUGAUACACUGAAUGCUUUUGAAUUUGUACCAGUUGUGUAGUUGCUCAGAGCUAACACCUUACAUUGUACCUUUUUUUGGUGGAGGAAAAUGACCAUGCCCAUUCUAUUCUUAGUAGGUGUAGUUUUCUAAAGAUUGUCCCCUUUUUACAAGCUGGGAGGAAGUUUAGAGUCGAAGAAAACAGAAGAAAUUUUCUGCUGAGAGACUUGAAUUGCAUGUCCUAGAAAUUAAAAAGUUUAUUAACAUGUACCAUAUUCUGUACAUACACAAUUCCCAGAAGAAAAAUAUCAGGGUGAAGACAAAAAUGUUUGAUGAUUAUAAAAUACGACGAUAAAUCUAUUGUAAAUAAACACAGAAAUCAAAAAGGUGAUUGAACUUACAUUAUGCCUGUAUGUUGACUUUGGAAGCUAAGGGGGAAAUGUCACAGGAUGGACGAAAAAAAGAUGAAUGAUCAAAGGUGAUUUUUUGAACAUGAGAGAUUUGCCAAGUUUUUCCAUGGGGAAACAAAUAUAAAGUAUAAAAUGCUAUCUUUAAGAAAUCUAUAUUUUUUUCCUUGUGCUAACAAUGAAGCUUCUUUUGGUUCAUACGUGUAAACUGCUGCAUUAUGAAUAAAAAAGGAAGAACAGUGCUUAUAACCUAUCGCAGGUCUUGCACUUUUCUUGAUUGCUGAUUCAGUUAA